GCCGGGGUAUUUCAGGUGGGCAGGAAUAGCCCCGGCAGUGGCGGCCCCGUGGGACCGAGCAAACCAAGUGCCCCGGUGUGCCCGGGGCCGGCGGGGACCGAGAGUGGGCAGGGCCGGCGGGGACCCCCGGCCCCCGUGCACCGAGGGCGGGCACCUCCCGCUCCGUAGCCGCGGCGGGGGCGGGUUCCGCGCCCGGCCCGCCCCGGCACCGGCCGCUCUCCUCCCGCCGCGCUGGCACCGCCGCUGCUGCCCAGGUGCGGAUCGCCGAGGGAGCCCUCCCGGACCAUGCGGGGAUGUGCCCGCGCCCUCGCUGACUCGCCCGCCGCCUGUCCCGCCCGGCACCAUGGGAGGAUGCUUCUCCAAGCCCAAGCCAGUUGAAGUGAAAAUUGAAGUUGUUAUACCUGAGAAGGAGAGAAGCAAGGAGGAGAUGUCACCCAACGGGAAAGCCAGCCCUCUGAUCUACAAAGUCAAUGGGACUGCCCGGCACUACCACCUUGAGGAGCACCCAAUUGCCAGCAACCCCUACCACAACCCAAAGGACGUGGUGGAAGCAUCUGUGUGCCAUGUAAAGGACCUGGAGAAUGGACAGAUGCGGGAGGUGGACCUGGGCUGCGGGAAGGCUCUGCUCAUCAAGGAGAGCGGGGAGUUCCAUGCCGUGGGACACAAGUGUCCCCACUAUGGGGCUCCUCUGGUCAAAGGGGUUUUGUCCAGAGGAAGAGUGCGCUGUCCCUGGCAUGGAGCUUGCUUCAGUAUCAGCACAGGGGACAUUGAGGACUUUCCCGGCUUGGAUAGUUUACCCAGGUUCCAGGUGAAGAUUGAGAAGGAGAAGGUGUACAUCCGAGCAAGCAAACAGGCUCUUCAGACACAGAGGAGGACAAAGAUGAUGGCAAAAUGCAUCUCCUUGAGCAACUACAACCUGAGCAGCACCAAUGUGCUGAUCAUUGGUGCAGGGGCAGCAGGGCUGGUCUGUGCAGAGACCCUGCGCCAGGAGGGUUUCUCUGACCGGAUUGUGAUGUGCACCAUGGACAGACACUUGCCCUAUGACAGACCGAAGCUCAGUAAGUCAAUGGAUUCCCACCCCGAGCAGAUUGCCCUGCGACCCAAGGAGUUCUUCUGCACCUAUGACAUCGAAGUCCUGACUGAAAUGCAGGUGGCGGCUGUGGAUGUCAAGAGCAAGAUAGCUGUGUUCAAGGAUGGGUUUAAGAUGGAAUACAACAAGCUGCUGAUAGCAACGGGAAACACGCCCAAAACUCUCAGCUGCAAGGGUAAGGAGAUGGAAAAUGUUUUCAACAUCCGGACACCCGAAGAUGCCAAUCGUGUGGUGAAGUUGGCCACGAGCAAGAAUGUUGUGAUCGUGGGAGCAUCCUUCCUGGGGAUGGAGGUGGCUGCCUACCUUGCGGAGAGGGCCCACUCGGUGUCCCUGGUGGAGCUGGAGCAUGUCCCCUUCAAGAAGUUCUUUGGGGAGAGGGUUGGCCGUGCUGUCAUGAAGAUGUUUGAGAACAACAGGGUGAAGUUCUACAUGCAGACAGAGGUGUCGGAGCUGCGGGAGCAGGAGGGGAAGCUGAAGGAGGUUGUGCUGAAGAGUGGGAAGGUGCUGCGUGCUGACGUCUGUGUCGUGGGUGUUGGUGCAGUCCCAGCCACAGGCUUCCUCAAGCAGAGCGGCAUCAACAUCGACUCCAAGGGCUUCAUCGUGGUCAACAAGAUGAUGCAGACCAACAUCCCAGGGGUCUUUGCUGCUGGAGAUGCUGUCACAUUUCCACUGGCCUUGAGGAAUAACAAGAAGGUGAACGUCCCCCACUGGCAGAUGGCCCACAUGCAUGGCCGCAUCGCCGCGCUGAACAUGCUGGCCCAUGGCACGGAGAUCAGCACUGUCCCCUACCUGUGGACAGCUCUGUUUGGCAAAAGCAUCCGAUAUGCGGGCCAUGGGGAAGGAUUCGAUGAUGUUGUCAUUCAGGGAGAUUUAGAUGAACUGAAGUUUGUGGCAUUUUAUACCAAUGUACCCCAUGCCUUCUCCCGCCCUGAGGGUGGCCCCCUUGCCCUUGUCGCUCAGAAUGGAGCCUGGUGGUGGAUGUGUGCAUGGGGCUUGAAGAGGAGGGUGUCCCGGAGCUGGCGUGUGGGUACCAGGACUGCAUUCCAUGCUGAGAUCCGGAGGAGUGACGAGGUGGUGGCUGUGGCCAGCAUGAACUACGACCCCAUCGUGUCCAAGGUGGCCGAGGUCCUGGCUGCUGGCAGGACCAUCCGGAAGCGCGAUGUAGAGCUGUUUGUCCGUCAUGGCAAGUACGUUCGGUUUGGGGUCCUAAGUGUGCUGGAUGUGAGGGGCUGACAGGAGGGACAACUGCCCCCCUGACUGGGCCACAUCCCUAAUUCCCAUGUUGGGGGGGACACUGGUUACAGGGGGGGUGUCCUUAUUUUGCAUCCCCCUCACAUGAUGGGCAGUGCUGGGUGGUAGGGCUGGGGCUGCCAGGAGCCACAUCUGGCACAGAUCCUGUUGGCUGGGACCUUGCUUGGCUGGGGUUUGGUGGCUUUCCAUGGAUUUUCAGCUGAAGGGCAGCUUUUAAGUAUAAAUAAAUAAAAUGUUUGAACUCAGUUUUACACAGAAUUGAGGACCUGCAGGUGACUUUUCGGACAGUUUAGUGACAGGUGAGUGAGGGCCGAGGAGGCACUGAUUGCUGGGAUCGACACCAGGUACUGCACUAGCACCAAGGCGCACCAAGAGCACUUGCCUGCUCACAUUGAGAAACCCCUCACAGUGCUGUCAUUUUCCUCUCUUUUAGAACUGGAGACAUGUCGUGGCUAACAGGGAAAGGCACCUAAAGCCACGGAUGGCUGAGCUCUCCUGAUGCUGCACUCGCCGUGGGGAGAUGGGACAGCAGCUCCAUGGCCUGCUGGGAGCUCCAUGGCUCAGCCAUUUCCCUUUGACACCUCGAUGAACCUGGCAUUGGGACCUUCCAGGAGGAUCUCACACAGCUCCUCUGUGCCUGCUGGGCUGGGGAUGGGGCUCUGCUGUUGCAAUUGCUGUGGAAUGCUAGAAAAGCAGCCCACAGAGAGCGUGAGGCUGGGCACUGGCAGAGGACAUGGGCACCAUGUGGCUCUGGGUGCUGCCACAGGGCUGAGGGUCCCCAGGCAGGUCUGCCCCACUGCCCCACGCAUGUCCCUCACUCCCACAAGCAGCCUUUGGUUGCUUCUGUGCUUUCAUGCAUGAUGCUCCUUUGCAGAUUCUCUUUGCUCCCAGCAGAGCUGCGGUGCACGUCCCUGCGGAGCCUGACGUCUGCUCCUUUCCCGCAUGGCUGCAGCGUUUGCCGCAGCUCUCCCGGGGCCCACCACCCCAGGGCGGGCCAGGAGAUCGCAGUGGGUGAUCUCUGUGCAGCUGCUGCUUGUGCUGUGCAGGCUGGUCCUGUGCAGCCCCAACAGUGGAGGUGGGUCCCUGUCUGUGCUGAGGGUCUGGAGCUCAUCAGUCCCCAUCCCAGCAUUUCCAUCAUGUCCUGGAGCAGCUGAGGGGCUGGGAUUCGUUCCCUGUCUCCUGGGGCUUGGUUUGGGCUGGGGCACUGGCAGCUCUUGGGCCCAUUGCUGGGGUGCAUUGCAGGGGUGACGGCUCAGCUGCAGCCCUGGCUGGGUGGCCACCCCUCCAGCCAGUCUUGGGAUAUCUCUUCUCAAUGCUGUCAUGGGGUCAGUGCUGUUGCUGAGGUGUUACUCGAGGAAAAGCAGCUGAGGGAGCAUUUCUGGCUGUCCAUUCUCUGGCACUUGCCCAGUGUAGUGACAAAGCUGCAUUUCCCAGCCCACCAUGCUAGUGCUCUGGUGUCCUGUCUCCAGCCCCAUGCUGAAGAAGAGCCAUGUCUACAGCUCAGGAGUGGGCCUGGCCAGCCAGAGCCCGGAGUCCAUCAGCCCAGCAGAGUGGGGCUUGAGAGUCCCUCUUGGAGAGACUCCAGUGCUUUGUUCUGGGGGCAACUCCUGGCCCAGCAGUCAGUGUUUUACCCUGAGUCCCAAACAAGAGGAUUUAUAUUUUUAAUUUGAUUCACCCCCUGUGAAUUAAAGCAAUACUAUUCUUGG